AAUUAGCAGUCUAUUUGGUAUUGCACACCGUGAUUGACCGCAAUCGACUCGCGUCUCUUGAGUAGAGCCAUGUGACAUCACUCUGCCGCUUUGUGGUUAUUUUGGGAGAAGUGUCCAUACAUCAUAUAAUGUACGAUAUCAGUGAAAAGACUCGGUUGCUGACAAACUUAUUCAAUUACUAAAUAAUUACAUCACGGCGGGAAGAAAAAAACAGGAUUAUGUCCCAGUGGGGGAGCACAGACCAGCGAAAAACACGAACAAAGUUAUUUAUAGCACGAAUUAGUACAAACCCGUUUUAAUGUGAAAACAAUAAUUGGGCUUUUAUUGCCAAAAGCUGAGUAACGCCAAAGCUGCUUAACUUUGAGUGCAUUCCUGAGGAACCACAACUCUCCAAGAUACGUUUACUCUCAUUGGCUGCACAAAACAAAGAUCCUACUAAACCGAGAAGGUUAACAAAUACACGUAUACAGGAUAAUCUAAAACUCGAUUUGCCGUUCUCAUAACAAAACGAAAGAAAACAAUAGCAAUCGACCAUCUCUACAUACGUAUGUCCUCAAAAUAGACACAAAUACCAGUUCAAUAAACACACACACACACACACAAAAAAACAGUUCUAAGUCGACUGACAAGCAAACGGCGUGAGCUUACAGAAUGAUUGCCACGAAACCCGGAACCGUGAUUGGUUUACGGGGAACUUAACGGUAGUGCACACACACACGCUGCACUGACACGGUAGUUGGCCGAACGCUCGGAGCCGUCAAACAUAAAAGUAGAUAGCUCGCGCCGCCACAAAGGUCCUACUGAACCGCGGACAGGUUUUUGUGUUGUUGAGUGUGGCGGGGAAUCUGUGAGAAUCUCGGAGCAGAUAGCGGGGUUGUACAGAUAAUUACUGAAACAACGCUGACGGGUUUUAUAUUAUUGGCAUUCCGUCCGCAAACGUGGGCUUGUGGCUUUAUUUCUUGCCAGGACAUCGAGAAGGGCAAACGGACUCUGUUUUCUUAUCUAACACAUAAACCGGUUGGAUUAUUUUUAGAGGUGUUGCGUGACAAGACAUUCAGAAAUACACACGAUAUCAAGGAGAAGGCCAGAAGAUUACGUUGUGGUAAAAAAAAAAAAAAAAAGGACUAUUAUAUUUCGUGGUGGACAUUUUACGUUUUAACGUAAAUCUAGUGGUGAGUUGUGCACUGUGUAAUAUCUAAGUUUGACUUCACGUUUACGUAAUACCGGGUUUUACCGUUUCGCUGUAUAUUCAUUAUAAUCAGGAAAGGGGAAUAUUCAGAAAGCUUACAGUAACUCUGUGACACAAAACUAGACUAUUAUUUAUUAUUUCGUUACAGAUAUUUAUAUUUAUAGCGUGUGUAUUUUGUGCUUUGACAUCAUGUAAUACUGUUACGUUUGCUGUAAUAUUGGGCUUUACCAUUACGUCAUAUGUAGACAAGAAAAGGGAAUUUCGGAAGCUUACUAUGUGAACAAAUCUAGUUAAAUUUGAUGGAUUUAUUUUCGAAGUGAAUAUAUAGUGCUGUCUCAACGCUGUGUCUAUGCAGAAUUGAUUAUUUUGUGUCAAAACGGGUUUUACACAAAUAACUAUAAAAGCUUACUGUGUGACAGACAAAUUUGAUAUCUGUGUGGAUUAUUUUAUAACGUGAACAUAUAGGCCUAAUCUUAUCUCUACGUUGUGUGUGUGUGUAUAUCGAGUUUAUCCACUUGUGUCAUAUCGAGUUUUACGCUAUCGCUGUGCAUGUAUCAGGCGUGGUUAAACAGUGUGUAUAUCUUCCAGUAAAGAAACAAAACGUGUGUGACUGAUUUUGAAAAAAAAGAUGGGUACAGAUCAGGAAUUUCUCUUUUCCGAGACUCGGUUUUCGUCUGACCGGACAGUUGUGUUUGAGGACAACGAUGAGGGGUAUGGGUCAACGAAGAUCACGUUCAGGGCCAUGUACAAGGACGACGUCUGCAACAUACCCACCGUGGACGUCGAGGAUGUCGUCGUACUUGACACCAACGAUUCCAUAUCGAGGAUUAUUGACAACUGUUUCGGUAGAUCGCGAACCGAACCUCUGUCACCCACUUGUAUGAAAUCGUGUAGACUUGACGUCGAGACGAACUCAGAUCUGUGCACGGCCUCGUCGAAGAUUCGAAACCCCGUCGACCCCUGCUGGCGAUCCCACAAGAUAAAAGUAGUAAGCGAGACAGACAGUAGGACAGACGGUCGGACGGAUGUCGUAAAAGAAUCCAGUUCGACGAAGGCGACAUCUGGCGGAGGUGAUUUCGGUGCUAGGAGAUGUGGAGCUGACGUUCCCUGGAAGGAACGCAAGACGAAUAUAGACAACGCGUUGUCGUGGUUACGGAACGAGUUGGAAGGAAUGCGAGCCCAGGACAAGCUCCUCAUGUCUCAGUUACAGAGAUGUCGGGAAACUAUAGACAGUCUGAAACAGCAGCGGAGCUCCUGGGAAGAGGGGUCGGAAUACGGUGACCUGGACGAGGAAGAAGAAGAGGAUCACUGGGAAGACUGGGAGAUAGCAGCUCUUAUUGUUCUAUCUGACAACUCUUAUUGUUCGAUCUGGCAGCUCUUAUUGUUCGAUCUGACAGCUCUUAUCGUUGGCUGCCCACCAGAACAUCCCAGUGGUUUGCAGGUCCGCAUCAACUAA